AUGGCUGCUCCAGACAGUAAAAACAACGAUGACUCGGACUCGCCUGUCGCGACGUAUAUCGCCGACGAUGUCAUACCCGGCGAUCUCCAAUCCGGCGAUGACAGCGCUCUGCCGUCCGGAACCUUCGAUCCGGUAUACGAGGCUAAAGCUCGUGUGCUGAACAAAGCCAUUCAGGAGAUUGGCAUGGGACGCUAUCAGUGGCAGCUGUUUGUGGUUGUCGGGUUUGGCUGGGCGAGCGACAACAUGUGGCCCAUCGUCACCUCGCUCAUCUUCACUCCGGUCAAAAACGAGUUCAACCCUGUCCACGGCGAGUUCCUGACUCUGGCACAAAACAUCGGGCUUUUGGUCGGCGCCAUAUUUUGGGGGUUCGGUUGUGAUGUGUUUGGCAGGCGAUGGGCGUUCAAUCUGACCAUUGGUAUCACCGGUGUGUUUGGCCUUAUCGCCGCUGGAUCACCAAAUUUCGCUGCUGCUGGCGUAUUUGCCGCUCUAUGGUCGAUUGGUGUUGGUGGAAAUUUGCCUGUGGAUUCCGCCAUCUUCCUCGAGUUCCUACCGGCAUCGCAUCAGUAUUUGCUGACAGUCCUUUCGAUUGACUGGGCUUUUGCCCAGCUGGUGGCUACGCUGGUCGCCUGGCCAUUGCUGGGCAACUACACCUGCCAGGAGGAUGAUUUAGUGUGUACAAAAGACAAGAACAUGGGCUGGCGCUAUUUCCUGAUUGCCAUGGGCGGACUGGCCUUGGCCAUGUUUAUCAUCCGAUUCGUUUUCUUCACCAUCUUCGAGUCCCCCAAGUUCUUGAUGUCGCGCGGCAAGGACGCUGAAGCGGUGGCGGUCGUCCACGAGGUGGCUCGACGCAACGGGAAGACAUCUACCCUGACCCUCGAAGAUCUAAGUCAAUUUGACGUACUUGGUGUCGAAAUACAGCAAGAAGAGCAGGGUACCGGCCAGCAGACAUCGGCCGGUGCGGCGUUGAAACGGCAGCUCGAGAAGGUGAAAAUGACCCACUUGCGCUCCCUCUUUUCCACCUUCAAGAUGGGCUUGUCGACUACGAUGAUCACUAUUAUCUGGGCCUUUAUCGGUCUCGGUUUCCCGCUGUACAACGCCUUUUUGCCCUAUAUCCAAGCCACGCGCGGAACGGACUUUGGCGAUGGGUCGACGUACAUAACCUACCGCAACGAAGUGAUUAUCGCUGUUCUCGGCAUCCCUGGUUGCAUUAUGGGUGGUUAUCUCGUAGAACUGCCUCGAUUCGGGCGCAAAGGCACUCUAGCUGCCUCGACAAUCCUUACCGGUGUUUUCCUCUUUGCGUCCACGACAGCGACCAAGUCCGAUGCGCUACUCGGGUUCAACUGCGCCUACAGCUUCAUGAGCAACGUCAUGUACGCUGUGUUGUACGCCUAUACGCCCGAGGUCUUCCCGACCAAGGAUCGAGGAACAGGAAACGCGCUGACUGCGUCUGCGAACCGUAUUUUCGGCAUCAUGUCGCCCAUCAUCGCCAUGUUUGCCAACCUGAACAGCGCCGCCCCGGUGUAUGUCAGUGGAGCGCUGUUCCUGACGGCAGGCCUGUUGGCGAUCGGACUGCCUUUUGAGUCGAGAGGAAGGGCCAGUUUGUAG